GAGAGAGAGAGAGAGAGAGAGAGAGAGAGAGAGAGAGAGAGAGAGAGAGAGAGAGAGAGAGACUUAACAAUAUUCACACACAGAGAGAGAGAGAGAGAGAGAGAGAGAGAGAGAGAGGGAGAGAGAGAGAGAGAGAGAGAUGGAGAAAGCACGGUCGUUCCACAAGUUUAGGCGGAGGGGCAAGCAGCUUCAAUCUUCGCCGACGACGAAGGUAGCUUCCCCGCCGCGGCCAUUGGCACCAUCUUCACCAUCUCAGACGCAGGCGCAGUUGACGACACCAAAGGAGAAGAAGUCUAGCGGUCCUCGCAGUAAGCGAAUCUUGCACCACCUUCUCCGACACGUUUGGAGCUGGAAUGGCCAAACUCCAUGGAUGGGCCUUGAAGAGGCGAAUGCACAAGUGAGUGGGAGAUGCGCACCCCCGCCUACUCCUGGUCAUCGCCCUCCUCCUCCUCCUCCUCCUCUUCCUGCUUUUGGCCCUCCUCUCCUUGUCCUCGUCUUCCUGAAAACUCCAUCGAUGGGCCUUGAAGAGGCGAAUGCACAAGUGAGUGGGAGAUGCGCACCCCCGCCUACUCCUGGUCAUCGCCCUCCUCCUCCUCCUCCUCCUCUUCCUGCUUUUGGCCCUCCUCUCCUUGUCCUCGUCUUCCUGAAAACUCCAUCGAUGGGCCUUGAAGAGGCGAAUGCACAAGUGAGUGGGAGAUGCGCACCCCCGCCUACUCCUGGUCAUCGCCCUCCUCCUCCUCCUCCUCCUCUUCCUGCUUUUGGCCCUCCUCUCCUUGUCCUCGUCUUCCUGAAAACUCCAUCGAUGGGCCUUGAAGAGGCGAAUGCACAAGUGAGUGGGAGAUGCGCACCCCCGCCUACUCCUGGUCAUCGCCCUCCUCCUCCUCCUCCUCCUCUUCCUGCUUUUGGCCCUCCUCUCCUUGUCCUCGUCUUCCUGAAAACUCCAUCGAUGGGCCUUGAAGAGGCGAAUGCACAAGUGAGUGGGAGAUGCGCACCCCCGCCUACUCCUGGUCAUCGCCCUCCUCCUCCUCCUCCUCCUCUUCCUGCUUUUGGCCCUCCUCUCCUUGUCCUCGUCUUCCUGAAAACUCCAUCGAUGGGCCUUGAAGAGGCGAAUGCACAAGUGAGUGGGAGAUGCGCACCCCCGCCUACUCCUGGUCAUCGCCCUCCUCCUCCUCCUCCUCCUCUUCCUGCUUUUGGCCCUCCUCUCCUUGUCCUCGUCUUCCUGAAAACUCCAUCGAUGGGCCUUGAAGAGGCGAAUGCACAAGUGAGUGGGAGAUGCGCACCCCCGCCUACUCCUGGUCAUCGCCCUCCUCCUCCUCCUCCUCCUCUUCCUGCUUUUGGCCCUCCUCUCCUUGUCCUCGUCUUCCUGAAAACUCCAUCGAUGGGCCUUGAAGAGGCGAAUGCACAAGUGAGUGGGAGAUGCGCACCCCCGCCUACUCCUGGUCAUCGCCCUCCUCCUCCUCCUCCUCCUCUUCCUGCUUUUGGCCCUCCUCUCCUUGUCCUCGUCUUCCUGAAAACUCCAUCGAUGGGCCUUGAAGAGGCGAAUGCACAAGUGAGUGGGAGAUGCGCACCCCCGCCUACUCCUGGUCAUCGCCCUCCUCCUCCUCCUCCUCCUCUUCCUGCUUUUGGCCCUCCUCUCCUUGUCCUCGUCUUCCUGAAAACUCCAUCGAUGGGCCUUGAAGAGGCGAAUGCACAAGUGAGUGGGAGAUGCGCACCCCCGCCUACUCCUGGUCAUCGCCCUCCUCCUCCUCCUCCUCCUCUUCCUGCUUUUGGCCCUCCUCUCCUUGUCCUCGUCUUCCUGAAAACUCCAUCGAUGGGCCUUGAAGAGGCGAAUGCACAAGUGAGUGGGAGAUGCGCACCCCCGCCUACUCCUGGUCAUCGCCCUCCUCCUCCUCCUCCUCCUCUUCCUGCUUUUGGCCCUCCUCUCCUUGUCCUCGUCUUCCUGAAAACUCCAUCGAUGGGCCUUGAAGAGGCGAAUGCACAAGUGAGUGGGAGAUGCGCACCCCCGCCUACUCCUGGUCAUCGCCCUCCUCCUCCUCCUCCUCCUCUUCCUGCUUUUGGCCCUCCUCUCCUUGUCCUCGUCUUCCUGAAAACUCCAUCGAUGGGCCUUGAAGAGGCGAAUGCACAAGUGAGUGGGAGAUGCGCACCCCCGCCUACUCCUGGUCAUCGCCCUCCUCCUCCUCCUCCUCCUCUUCCUGCUUUUGGCCCUCCUCUCCUUGUCCUCGUCUUCCUGAAAACUCCAUCGAUGGGCCUUGAAGAGGCGAAUGCACAAGUGAGUGGGAGAUGCGCACCCCCGCCUACUCCUGGUCAUCGCCCUCCUCCUCCUCCUCCUCCUCUUCCUGCUUUUGGCCCUCCUCUCCUUGUCCUCGUCUUCCUGAAAACUCCAUCGAUGGGCCUUGAAGAGGCGAAUGCACAAGUGAGUGGGAGAUGCGCACCCCCGCCUACUCCUGGUCAUCGCCCUCCUCCUCCUCCUCCUCCUCUUCCUGCUUUUGGCCCUCCUCUCCUUGUCCUCGUCUUCCUGAAAACUCCAUCGAUGGGCCUUGAAGAGGCGAAUGCACAAGUGAGUGGGAGAUGCGCACCCCCGCCUACUCCUGGUCAUCGCCCUCCUCCUCCUCCUCCUCCUCUUCCUGCUUUUGGCCCUCCUCUCCUUGUCCUCGUCUUCCUGAAAACUCCAUCGAUGGGCCUUGAAGAGGCGAAUGCACAAGUGAGUGGGAGAUGCGCACCCCCGCCUACUCCUGGUCAUCGCCCUCCUCCUCCUCCUCCUCCUCUUCCUGCUUUUGGCCCUCCUCUCCUUGUCCUCGUCUUCCUGAAAACUCCAUCGAUGGGCCUUGAAGAGGCGAAUGCACAAGUGAGUGGGAGAUGCGCACCCCCGCCUACUCCUGGUCAUCGCCCUCCUCCUCCUCCUCCUCCUCUUCCUGCUUUUGGCCCUCCUCUCCUUGUCCUCGUCUUCCUGAAAACUCCAUCGAUGGGCCUUGAAGAGGCGAAUGCACAAGUGAGUGGGAGAUGCGCACCCCCGCCUACUCCUGGUCAUCGCCCUCCUCCUCCUCCUCCUCCUCUUCCUGCUUUUGGCCCUCCUCUCCUUGUCCUCGUCUUCCUGAAAACUCCAUCGAUGGGCCUUGAAGAGGCGAAUGCACAAGUGAGUGGGAGAUGCGCACCCCCGCCUACUCCUGGUCAUCGCCCUCCUCCUCCUCCUCCUCCUCUUCCUGCUUUUGGCCCUCCUCUCCUUGUCCUCGUCUUCCUGAAAACUCCAUCGAUGGGCCUUGAAGAGGCGAAUGCACAAGUGAGUGGGAGAUGCGCACCCCCGCCUACUCCUGGUCAUCGCCCUCCUCCUCCUCCUCCUCCUCUUCCUGCUUUUGGCCCUCCUCUCCUUGUCCUCGUCUUCCUGAAAACUCCAUCGAUGGGCCUUGAAGAGGCGAAUGCACAAGUGAGUGGGAGAUGCGCACCCCCGCCUACUCCUGGUCAUCGCCCUCCUCCUCCUCCUCCUCCUCUUCCUGCUUUUGGCCCUCCUCUCCUUGUCCUCGUCUUCCUGAAAACUCCAUCGAUGGGCCUUGAAGAGGCGAAUGCACAAGUGAGUGGGAGAUGCGCACCCCCGCCUACUCCUGGUCAUCGCCCUCCUCCUCCUCCUCCUCCUCUUCCUGCUUUUGGCCCUCCUCUCCUUGUCCUCGUCUUCCUGAAAACUCCAUCGAUGGGCCUUGAAGAGGCGAAUGCACAAGUGAGUGGGAGAUGCGCACCCCCGCCUACUCCUGGUCAUCGCCCUCCUCCUCCUCCUCCUCCUCUUCCUGCUUUUGGCCCUCCUCUCCUUGUCCUCGUCUUCCUGAAAACUCCAUCGAUGGGCCUUGAAGAGGCGAAUGCACAAGUGAGUGGGAGAUGCGCACCCCCGCCUACUCCUGGUCAUCGCCCUCCUCCUCCUCCUCCUCCUCUUCCUGCUUUUGGCCCUCCUCUCCUUGUCCUCGUCUUCCUGAAAACUCCAUCGAUGGGCCUUGAAGAGGCGAAUGCACAAGUGAGUGGGAGAUGCGCACCCCCGCCUACUCCUGGUCAUCGCCCUCCUCCUCCUCCUCCUCCUCUUCCUGCUUUUGGCCCUCCUCUCCUUGUCCUCGUCUUCCUGAAAACUCCAUCGAUGGGCCUUGAAGAGGCGAAUGCACAAGUGAGUGGGAGAUGCGCACCCCCGCCUACUCCUGGUCAUCGCCCUCCUCCUCCUCCUCCUCCUCUUCCUGCUUUUGGCCCUCCUCUCCUUGUCCUCGUCUUCCUGAAAACUCCAUCGAUGGGCCUUGAAGAGGCGAAUGCACAAGUGAGUGGGAGAUGCGCACCCCCGCCUACUCCUGGUCAUCGCCCUCCUCCUCCUCCUCCUCCUCUUCCUGCUUUUGGCCCUCCUCUCCUUGUCCUCGUCUUCCUGAAAACUCCAUCGAUGGGCCUUGAAGAGGCGAAUGCACAAGUGAGUGGGAGAUGCGCACCCCCGCCUACUCCUGGUCAUCGCCCUCCUCCUCCUCCUCCUCCUCUUCCUGCUUUUGGCCCUCCUCUCCUUGUCCUCGUCUUCCUGAAAACUCCAUCGAUGGGCCUUGAAGAGGCGAAUGCACAAGUGAGUGGGAGAUGCGCACCCCCGCCUACUCCUGGUCAUCGCCCUCCUCCUCCUCCUCCUCCUCUUCCUGCUUUUGGCCCUCCUCUCCUUGUCCUCGUCUUCCUGAAAACUCCAUCGAUGGGCCUUGAAGAGGCGAAUGCACAAGUGAGUGGGAGAUGCGCACCCCCGCCUACUCCUGGUCAUCGCCCUCCUCCUCCUCCUCCUCCUCUUCCUGCUUUUGGCCCUCCUCUCCUUGUCCUCGUCUUCCUGAAAACUCCAUCGAUGGGCCUUGAAGAGGCGAAUGCACAAGUGAGUGGGAGAUGCGCACCCCCGCCUACUCCUGGUCAUCGCCCUCCUCCUCCUCCUCCUCCUCUUCCUGCUUUUGGCCCUCCUCUCCUUGUCCUCGUCUUCCUGAAAACUCCAUCGAUGGGCCUUGAAGAGGCGAAUGCACAAGUGAGUGGGAGAUGCGCACCCCCGCCUACUCCUGGUCAUCGCCCUCCUCCUCCUCCUCCUCCUCUUCCUGCUUUUGGCCCUCCUCUCCUUGUCCUCGUCUUCCUGAAAACUCCAUCGAUGGGCCUUGAAGAGGCGAAUGCACAAGUGAGUGGGAGAUGCGCACCCCCGCCUACUCCUGGUCAUCGCCCUCCUCCUCCUCCUCCUCCUCUUCCUGCUUUUGGCCCUCCUCUCCUUGUCCUCGUCUUCCUGAAAACUCCAUCGAUGGGCCUUGAAGAGGCGAAUGCACAAGUGAGUGGGAGAUGCGCACCCCCGCCUACUCCUGGUCAUCGCCCUCCUCCUCCUCCUCCUCCUCUUCCUGCUUUUGGCCCUCCUCUCCUUGUCCUCGUCUUCCUGAAAACUCCAUCGAUGGGCCUUGAAGAGGCGAAUGCACAAGUGAGUGGGAGAUGCGCACCCCCGCCUACUCCUGGUCAUCGCCCUCCUCCUCCUCCUCCUCCUCUUCCUGCUUUUGGCCCUCCUCUCCUUGUCCUCGUCUUCCUGAAAACUCCAUCGAUGGGCCUUGAAGAGGCGAAUGCACAAGUGAGUGGGAGAUGCGCACCCCCGCCUACUCCUGGUCAUCGCCCUCCUCCUCCUCCUCCUCCUCUUCCUGCUUUUGGCCCUCCUCUCCUUGUCCUCGUCUUCCUGAAAACUCCAUCGAUGGGCCUUGAAGAGGCGAAUGCACAAGUGAGUGGGAGAUGCGCACCCCCGCCUACUCCUGGUCAUCGCCCUCCUCCUCCUCCUCCUCCUCUUCCUGCUUUUGGCCCUCCUCUCCUUGUCCUCGUCUUCCUGAAAACUCCAUCGAUGGGCCUUGAAGAGGCGAAUGCACAAGUGAGUGGGAGAUGCGCACCCCCGCCUACUCCUGGUCAUCGCCCUCCUCCUCCUCCUCCUCCUCUUCCUGCUUUUGGCCCUCCUCUCCUUGUCCUCGUCUUCCUGAAAACUCCAUCGAUGGGCCUUGAAGAGGCGAAUGCACAAGUGAGUGGGAGAUGCGCACCCCCGCCUACUCCUGGUCAUCGCCCUCCUCCUCCUCCUCCUCCUCUUCCUGCUUUUGGCCCUCCUCUCCUUGUCCUCGUCUUCCUGAAAACUCCAUCGAUGGGCCUUGAAGAGGCGAAUGCACAAGUGAGUGGGAGAUGCGCACCCCCGCCUACUCCUGGUCAUCGCCCUCCUCCUCCUCCUCCUCCUCUUCCUGCUUUUGGCCCUCCUCUCCUUGUCCUCGUCUUCCUGAAAACUCCAUCGAUGGGCCUUGAAGAGGCGAAUGCACAAGUGAGUGGGAGAUGCGCACCCCCGCCUACUCCUGGUCAUCGCCCUCCUCCUCCUCCUCCUCCUCUUCCUGCUUUUGGCCCUCCUCUCCUUGUCCUCGUCUUCCUGAAAACUCCAUCGAUGGGCCUUGAAGAGGCGAAUGCACAAGUGAGUGGGAGAUGCGCACCCCCGCCUACUCCUGGUCAUCGCCCUCCUCCUCCUCCUCCUCCUCUUCCUGCUUUUGGCCCUCCUCUCCUUGUCCUCGUCUUCCUGAAAACUCCAUCGAUGGGCCUUGAAGAGGCGAAUGCACAAGUGAGUGGGAGAUGCGCACCCCCGCCUACUCCUGGUCAUCGCCCUCCUCCUCCUCCUCCUCCUCUUCCUGCUUUUGGCCCUCCUCUCCUUGUCCUCGUCUUCCUGAAAACUCCAUCGAUGGGCCUUGAAGAGGCGAAUGCACAAGUGAGUGGGAGAUGCGCACCCCCGCCUACUCCUGGUCAUCGCCCUCCUCCUCCUCCUCCUCCUCUUCCUGCUUUUGGCCCUCCUCUCCUUGUCCUCGUCUUCCUGAAAACUCCAUCGAUGGGCCUUGAAGAGGCGAAUGCACAAGUGAGUGGGAGAUGCGCACCCCCGCCUACUCCUGGUCAUCGCCCUCCUCCUCCUCCUCCUCCUCUUCCUGCUUUUGGCCCUCCUCUCCUUGUCCUCGUCUUCCUGAAAACUCCAUCGAUGGGCCUUGAAGAGGCGAAUGCACAAGUGAGUGGGAGAUGCGCACCCCCGCCUACUCCUGGUCAUCGCCCUCCUCCUCCUCCUCCUCCUCUUCCUGCUUUUGGCCCUCCUCUCCUUGUCCUCGUCUUCCUGAAAACUCCAUCGAUGGGCCUUGAAGAGGCGAAUGCACAAGUGAGUGGGAGAUGCGCACCCCCGCCUACUCCUGGUCAUCGCCCUCCUCCUCCUCCUCCUCCUCUUCCUGCUUUUGGCCCUCCUCUCCUUGUCCUCGUCUUCCUGAAAACUCCAUCGAUGGGCCUUGAAGAGGCGAAUGCACAAGUGAGUGGGAGAUGCGCACCCCCGCCUACUCCUGGUCAUCGCCCUCCUCCUCCUCCUCCUCCUCUUCCUGCUUUUGGCCCUCCUCUCCUUGUCCUCGUCUUCCUGAAAACUCCAUCGAUGGGCCUUGAAGAGGCGAAUGCACAAGUGAGUGGGAGAUGCGCACCCCCGCCUACUCCUGGUCAUCGCCCUCCUCCUCCUCCUCCUCCUCUUCCUGCUUUUGGCCCUCCUCUCCUUGUCCUCGUCUUCCUGAAAACUCCAUCGAUGGGCCUUGAAGAGGCGAAUGCACAAGUGAGUGGGAGAUGCGCACCCCCGCCUACUCCUGGUCAUCGCCCUCCUCCUCCUCCUCCUCCUCUUCCUGCUUUUGGCCCUCCUCUCCUUGUCCUCGUCUUCCUGAAAACUCCAUCGAUGGGCCUUGAAGAGGCGAAUGCACAAGUGAGUGGGAGAUGCGCACCCCCGCCUACUCCUGGUCAUCGCCCUCCUCCUCCUCCUCCUCCUCUUCCUGCUUUUGGCCCUCCUCUCCUUGUCCUCGUCUUCCUGAAAACUCCAUCGAUGGGCCUUGAAGAGGCGAAUGCACAAGUGAGUGGGAGAUGCGCACCCCCGCCUACUCCUGGUCAUCGCCCUCCUCCUCCUCCUCCUCCUCUUCCUGCUUUUGGCCCUCCUCUCCUUGUCCUCGUCUUCCUGAAAACUCCAUCGAUGGGCCUUGAAGAGGCGAAUGCACAAGUGAGUGGGAGAUGCGCACCCCCGCCUACUCCUGGUCAUCGCCCUCCUCCUCCUCCUCCUCCUCUUCCUGCUUUUGGCCCUCCUCUCCUUGUCCUCGUCUUCCUGAAAACUCCAUCGAUGGGCCUUGAAGAGGCGAAUGCACAAGUGAGUGGGAGAUGCGCACCCCCGCCUACUCCUGGUCAUCGCCCUCCUCCUCCUCCUCCUCCUCUUCCUGCUUUUGGCCCUCCUCUCCUUGUCCUCGUCUUCCUGAAAACUCCAUCGAUGGGCCUUGAAGAGGCGAAUGCACAAGUGAGUGGGAGAUGCGCACCCCCGCCUACUCCUGGUCAUCGCCCUCCUCCUCCUCCUCCUCCUCUUCCUGCUUUUGGCCCUCCUCUCCUUGUCCUCGUCUUCCUGAAAACUCCAUCGAUGGGCCUUGAAGAGGCGAAUGCACAAGUGAGUGGGAGAUGCGCACCCCCGCCUACUCCUGGUCAUCGCCCUCCUCCUCCUCCUCCUCCUCUUCCUGCUUUUGGCCCUCCUCUCCUUGUCCUCGUCUUCCUGAAAACUCCAUCGAUGGGCCUUGAAGAGGCGAAUGCACAAGUGAGUGGGAGAUGCGCACCCCCGCCUACUCCUGGUCAUCGCCCUCCUCCUCCUCCUCCUCCUCUUCCUGCUUUUGGCCCUCCUCUCCUUGUCCUCGUCUUCCUGAAAACUCCAUCGAUGGGCCUUGAAGAGGCGAAUGCACAAGUGAGUGGGAGAUGCGCACCCCCGCCUACUCCUGGUCAUCGCCCUCCUCCUCCUCCUCCUCCUCUUCCUGCUUUUGGCCCUCCUCUCCUUGUCCUCGUCUUCCUGAAAACUCCAUCGAUGGGCCUUGAAGAGGCGAAUGCACAAGUGAGUGGGAGAUGCGCACCCCCGCCUACUCCUGGUCAUCGCCCUCCUCCUCCUCCUCCUCCUCUUCCUGCUUUUGGCCCUCCUCUCCUUGUCCUCGUCUUCCUGAAAACUCCAUCGAUGGGCCUUGAAGAGGCGAAUGCACAAGUGAGUGGGAGAUGCGCACCCCCGCCUACUCCUGGUCAUCGCCCUCCUCCUCCUCCUCCUCCUCUUCCUGCUUUUGGCCCUCCUCUCCUUGUCCUCGUCUUCCUGAAAACUCCAUCGAUGGGCCUUGAAGAGGCGAAUGCACAAGUGAGUGGGAGAUGCGCACCCCCGCCUACUCCUGGUCAUCGCCCUCCUCCUCCUCCUCCUCCUCUUCCUGCUUUUGGCCCUCCUCUCCUUGUCCUCGUCUUCCUGAAAACUCCAUCGAUGGGCCUUGAAGAGGCGAAUGCACAAGUGAGUGGGAGAUGCGCACCCCCGCCUACUCCUGGUCAUCGCCCUCCUCCUCCUCCUCCUCCUCUUCCUGCUUUUGGCCCUCCUCUCCUUGUCCUCGUCUUCCUGAAAACUCCAUCGAUGGGCCUUGAAGAGGCGAAUGCACAAGUGAGUGGGAGAUGCGCACCCCCGCCUACUCCUGGUCAUCGCCCUCCUCCUCCUCCUCCUCCUCUUCCUGCUUUUGGCCCUCCUCUCCUUGUCCUCGUCUUCCUGAAAACUCCAUCGAUGGGCCUUGAAGAGGCGAAUGCACAAGUGAGUGGGAGAUGCGCACCCCCGCCUACUCCUGGUCAUCGCCCUCCUCCUCCUCCUCCUCCUCUUCCUGCUUUUGGCCCUCCUCUCCUUGUCCUCGUCUUCCUGAAAACUCCAUCGAUGGGCCUUGAAGAGGCGAAUGCACAAGUGAGUGGGAGAUGCGCACCCCCGCCUACUCCUGGUCAUCGCCCUCCUCCUCCUCCUCCUCCUCUUCCUGCUUUUGGCCCUCCUCUCCUUGUCCUCGUCUUCCUGAAAACUCCAUCGAUGGGCCUUGAAGAGGCGAAUGCACAAGUGAGUGGGAGAUGCGCACCCCCGCCUACUCCUGGUCAUCGCCCUCCUCCUCCUCCUCCUCCUCUUCCUGCUUUUGGCCCUCCUCUCCUUGUCCUCGUCUUCCUGAAAACUCCAUCGAUGGGCCUUGAAGAGGCGAAUGCACAAGUGAGUGGGAGAUGCGCACCCCCGCCUACUCCUGGUCAUCGCCCUCCUCCUCCUCCUCCUCCUCUUCCUGCUUUUGGCCCUCCUCUCCUUGUCCUCGUCUUCCUGAAAACUCCAUCGAUGGGCCUUGAAGAGGCGAAUGCACAAGUGAGUGGGAGAUGCGCACCCCCGCCUACUCCUGGUCAUCGCCCUCCUCCUCCUCCUCCUCCUCUUCCUGCUUUUGGCCCUCCUCUCCUUGUCCUCGUCUUCCUGAAAACUCCAUCGAUGGGCCUUGAAGAGGCGAAUGCACAAGUGAGUGGGAGAUGCGCACCCCCGCCUACUCCUGGUCAUCGCCCUCCUCCUCCUCCUCCUCCUCUUCCUGCUUUUGGCCCUCCUCUCCUUGUCCUCGUCUUCCUGAAAACUCCAUCGAUGGGCCUUGAAGAGGCGAAUGCACAAGUGAGUGGGAGAUGCGCACCCCCGCCUACUCCUGGUCAUCGCCCUCCUCCUCCUCCUCCUCCUCUUCCUGCUUUUGGCCCUCCUCUCCUUGUCCUCGUCUUCCUGAAAACUCCAUCGAUGGGCCUUGAAGAGGCGAAUGCACAAGUGAGUGGGAGAUGCGCACCCCCGCCUACUCCUGGUCAUCGCCCUCCUCCUCCUCCUCCUCCUCUUCCUGCUUUUGGCCCUCCUCUCCUUGUCCUCGUCUUCCUGAAAACUCCAUCGAUGGGCCUUGAAGAGGCGAAUGCACAAGUGAGUGGGAGAUGCGCACCCCCGCCUACUCCUGGUCAUCGCCCUCCUCCUCCUCCUCCUCCUCUUCCUGCUUUUGGCCCUCCUCUCCUUGUCCUCGUCUUCCUGAAAACUCCAUCGAUGGGCCUUGAAGAGGCGAAUGCACAAGUGAGUGGGAGAUGCGCACCCCCGCCUACUCCUGGUCAUCGCCCUCCUCCUCCUCCUCCUCCUCUUCCUGCUUUUGGCCCUCCUCUCCUUGUCCUCGUCUUCCUGAAAACUCCAUCGAUGGGCCUUGAAGAGGCGAAUGCACAAGUGAGUGGGAGAUGCGCACCCCCGCCUACUCCUGGUCAUCGCCCUCCUCCUCCUCCUCCUCCUCUUCCUGCUUUUGGCCCUCCUCUCCUUGUCCUCGUCUUCCUGAAAACUCCAUCGAUGGGCCUUGAAGAGGCGAAUGCACAAGUGAGUGGGAGAUGCGCACCCCCGCCUACUCCUGGUCAUCGCCCUCCUCCUCCUCCUCCUCCUCUUCCUGCUUUUGGCCCUCCUCUCCUUGUCCUCGUCUUCCUGAAAACUCCAUCGAUGGGCCUUGAAGAGGCGAAUGCACAAGUGAGUGGGAGAUGCGCACCCCCGCCUACUCCUGGUCAUCGCCCUCCUCCUCCUCCUCCUCCUCUUCCUGCUUUUGGCCCUCCUCUCCUUGUCCUCGUCUUCCUGAAAACUCCAUCGAUGGGCCUUGAAGAGGCGAAUGCACAAGUGAGUGGGAGAUGCGCACCCCCGCCUACUCCUGGUCAUCGCCCUCCUCCUCCUCCUCCUCCUCUUCCUGCUUUUGGCCCUCCUCUCCUUGUCCUCGUCUUCCUGAAAACUCCAUCGAUGGGCCUUGAAGAGGCGAAUGCACAAGUGAGUGGGAGAUGCGCACCCCCGCCUACUCCUGGUCAUCGCCCUCCUCCUCCUCCUCCUCCUCUUCCUGCUUUUGGCCCUCCUCUCCUUGUCCUCGUCUUCCUGAAAACUCCAUCGAUGGGCCUUGAAGAGGCGAAUGCACAAGUGAGUGGGAGAUGCGCACCCCCGCCUACUCCUGGUCAUCGCCCUCCUCCUCCUCCUCCUCCUCUUCCUGCUUUUGGCCCUCCUCUCCUUGUCCUCGUCUUCCUGAAAACUCCAUCGAUGGGCCUUGAAGAGGCGAAUGCACAAGUGAGUGGGAGAUGCGCACCCCCGCCUACUCCUGGUCAUCGCCCUCCUCCUCCUCCUCCUCCUCUUCCUGCUUUUGGCCCUCCUCUCCUUGUCCUCGUCUUCCUGAAAACUCCAUCGAUGGGCCUUGAAGAGGCGAAUGCACAAGCGAAUGCACAAGUGAGUGGGAGAUGCGCACCCCCGCCUACUCCUGGUCAUCGCCCUCCUCCUCCUCCUCCUCCUCUUCCUGCUUUUGGCCCUCCUCUCCUUGUCCUCGUCUUCCUGAAAACUCCAUCGAUGGGCCUUGAAGAGGCGAAUGCACAAGUGAGUGGGAGAUGCGCACCCCCGCCUACUCCUGGUCAUCGCCCUCCUCCUCCUCCUCCUCCUCUUCCUGCUUUUGGCCCUCCUCUCCUUGUCCUCGUCUUCCUGAAAACUCCAUCGAUGGGCCUUGAAGAGGCGAAUGCACAAGUGAGUGGGAGAUGCGCACCCCCGCCUACUCCUGGUCAUCGCCCUCCUCCUCCUCCUCCUCCUCUUCCUGCUUUUGGCCCUCCUCUCCUUGUCCUCGUCUUCCUGAAAACUCCAUCGAUGGGCCUUGAAGAGGCGAAUGCACAAGUGAGUGGGAGAUGCGCACCCCCGCCUACUCCUGGUCAUCGCCCUCCUCCUCCUCCUCCUCCUCUUCCUGCUUUUGGCCCUCCUCUCCUUGUCCUCGUCUUCCUGAAAACUCCAUCGAUGGGCCUUGAAGAGGCGAAUGCACAAGUGAGUGGGAGAUGCGCACCCCCGCCUACUCCUGGUCAUCGCCCUCCUCCUCCUCCUCCUCCUCUUCCUGCUUUUGGCCCUCCUCUCCUUGUCCUCGUCUUCCUGAAAACUCCAUCGAUGGGCCUUGAAGAGGCGAAUGCACAAGUGAGUGGGAGAUGCGCACCCCCGCCUACUCCUGGUCAUCGCCCUCCUCCUCCUCCUCCUCCUCUUCCUGCUUUUGGCCCUCCUCUCCUUGUCCUCGUCUUCCUGAAAACUCCAUCGAUGGGCCUUGAAGAGGCGAAUGCACAAGUGAGUGGGAGAUGCGCACCCCCGCCUACUCCUGGUCAUCGCCCUCCUCCUCCUCCUCCUCCUCUUCCUGCUUUUGGCCCUCCUCUCCUUGUCCUCGUCUUCCUGAAAACUCCAUCGAUGGGCCUUGAAGAGGCGAAUGCACAAGUGAGUGGGAGAUGCGCACCCCCGCCUACUCCUGGUCAUCGCCCUCCUCCUCCUCCUCCUCCUCUUCCUGCUUUUGGCCCUCCUCUCCUUGUCCUCGUCUUCCUGAAAACUCCAUCGAUGGGCCUUGAAGAGGCGAAUGCACAAGUGAGUGGGAGAUGCGCACCCCCGCCUACUCCUGGUCAUCGCCCUCCUCCUCCUCCUCCUCCUCUUCCUGCUUUUGGCCCUCCUCUCCUUGUCCUCGUCUUCCUGAAAACUCCAUCGAUGGGCCUUGAAGAGGCGAAUGCACAAGUGAGUGGGAGAUGCGCACCCCCGCCUACUCCUGGUCAUCGCCCUCCUCCUCCUCCUCCUCCUCUUCCUGCUUUUGGCCCUCCUCUCCUUGUCCUCGUCUUCCUGAAAACUCCAUCGAUGGGCCUUGAAGAGGCGAAUGCACAAGUGAGUGGGAGAUGCGCACCCCCGCCUACUCCUGGUCAUCGCCCUCCUCCUCCUCCUCCUCCUCUUCCUGCUUUUGGCCCUCCUCUCCUUGUCCUCGUCUUCCUGAAAACUCCAUCGAUGGGCCUUGAAGAGGCGAAUGCACAAGUGAGUGGGAGAUGCGCACCCCCGCCUACUCCUGGUCAUCGCCCUCCUCCUCCUCCUCCUCCUCUUCCUGCUUUUGGCCCUCCUCUCCUUGUCCUCGUCUUCCUGAAAACUCCAUCGAUGGGCCUUGAAGAGGCGAAUGCACAAGUGAGUGGGAGAUGCGCACCCCCGCCUACUCCUGGUCAUCGCCCUCCUCCUCCUCCUCCUCCUCUUCCUGCUUUUGGCCCUCCUCUCCUUGUCCUCGUCUUCCUGAAAACUCCAUCGAUGGGCCUUGAAGAGGCGAAUGCACAAGUGAGUGGGAGAUGCGCACCCCCGCCUACUCCUGGUCAUCGCCCUCCUCCUCCUCCUCCUCCUCUUCCUGCUUUUGGCCCUCCUCUCCUUGUCCUCGUCUUCCUGAAAACUCCAUCGAUGGGCCUUGAAGAGGCGAAUGCACAAGUGAGUGGGAGAUGCGCACCCCCGCCUACUCCUGGUCAUCGCCCUCCUCCUCCUCCUCCUCCUCUUCCUGCUUUUGGCCCUCCUCUCCUUGUCCUCGUCUUCCUGAAAACUCCAUCGAUGGGCCUUGAAGAGGCGAAUGCACAAGUGAGUGGGAGAUGCGCACCCCCGCCUACUCCUGGUCAUCGCCCUCCUCCUCCUCCUCCUCCUCUUCCUGCUUUUGGCCCUCCUCUCCUUGUCCUCGUCUUCCUGAAAACUCCAUCGAUGGGCCUUGAAGAGGCGAAUGCACAAGUGAGUGGGAGAUGCGCACCCCCGCCUACUCCUGGUCAUCGCCCUCCUCCUCCUCCUCCUCCUCUUCCUGCUUUUGGCCCUCCUCUCCUUGUCCUCGUCUUCCUGAAAACUCCAUCGAUGGGCCUUGAAGAGGCGAAUGCACAAGUGAGUGGGAGAUGCGCACCCCCGCCUACUCCUGGUCAUCGCCCUCCUCCUCCUCCUCCUCCUCUUCCUGCUUUUGGCCCUCCUCUCCUUGUCCUCGUCUUCCUGAAAACUCCAUCGAUGGGCCUUGAAGAGGCGAAUGCACAAGUGAGUGGGAGAUGCGCACCCCCGCCUACUCCUGGUCAUCGCCCUCCUCCUCCUCCUCCUCCUCUUCCUGCUUUUGGCCCUCCUCUCCUUGUCCUCGUCUUCCUGAAAACUCCAUCGAUGGGCCUUGAAGAGGCGAAUGCACAAGUGAGUGGGAGAUGCGCACCCCCGCCUACUCCUGGUCAUCGCCCUCCUCCUCCUCCUCCUCCUCUUCCUGCUUUUGGCCCUCCUCUCCUUGUCCUCGUCUUCCUGAAAACUCCAUCGAUGGGCCUUGAAGAGGCGAAUGCACAAGUGAGUGGGAGAUGCGCACCCCCGCCUACUCCUGGUCAUCGCCCUCCUCCUCCUCCUCCUCCUCUUCCUGCUUUUGGCCCUCCUCUCCUUGUCCUCGUCUUCCUGAAAACUCCAUCGAUGGGCCUUGAAGAGGCGAAUGCACAAGUGAGUGGGAGAUGCGCACCCCCGCCUACUCCUGGUCAUCGCCCUCCUCCUCCUCCUCCUCCUCUUCCUGCUUUUGGCCCUCCUCUCCUUGUCCUCGUCUUCCUGAAAACUCCAUCGAUGGGCCUUGAAGAGGCGAAUGCACAAGUGAGUGGGAGAUGCGCACCCCCGCCUACUCCUGGUCAUCGCCCUCCUCCUCCUCCUCCUCCUCUUCCUGCUUUUGGCCCUCCUCUCCUUGUCCUCGUCUUCCUGAAAACUCCAUCGAUGGGCCUUGAAGAGGCGAAUGCACAAGUGAGUGGGAGAUGCGCACCCCCGCCUACUCCUGGUCAUCGCCCUCCUCCUCCUCCUCCUCCUCUUCCUGCUUUUGGCCCUCCUCUCCUUGUCCUCGUCUUCCUGAAAACUCCAUCGAUGGGCCUUGAAGAGGCGAAUGCACAAGUGAGUGGGAGAUGCGCACCCCCGCCUACUCCUGGUCAUCGCCCUCCUCCUCCUCCUCCUCCUCUUCCUGCUUUUGGCCCUCCUCUCCUUGUCCUCGUCUUCCUGAAAACUCCAUCGAUGGGCCUUGAAGAGGCGAAUGCACAAGUGAGUGGGAGAUGCGCACCCCCGCCUACUCCUGGUCAUCGCCCUCCUCCUCCUCCUCCUCCUCUUCCUGCUUUUGGCCCUCCUCUCCUUGUCCUCGUCUUCCUGAAAACUCCAUCGAUGGGCCUUGAAGAGGCGAAUGCACAAGUGAGUGGGAGAUGCGCACCCCCGCCUACUCCUGGUCAUCGCCCUCCUCCUCCUCCUCCUCCUCUUCCUGCUUUUGGCCCUCCUCUCCUUGUCCUCGUCUUCCUGAAAACUCCAUCGAUGGGCCUUGAAGAGGCGAAUGCACAAGUGAGUGGGAGAUGCGCACCCCCGCCUACUCCUGGUCAUCGCCCUCCUCCUCCUCCUCCUCCUCUUCCUGCUUUUGGCCCUCCUCUCCUUGUCCUCGUCUUCCUGAAAACUCCAUCGAUGGGCCUUGAAGAGGCGAAUGCACAAGUGAGUGGGAGAUGCGCACCCCCGCCUACUCCUGGUCAUCGCCCUCCUCCUCCUCCUCCUCCUCUUCCUGCUUUUGGCCCUCCUCUCCUUGUCCUCGUCUUCCUGAAAACUCCAUCGAUGGGCCUUGAAGAGGCGAAUGCACAAGUGAGUGGGAGAUGCGCACCCCCGCCUACUCCUGGUCAUCGCCCUCCUCCUCCUCCUCCUCCUCUUCCUGCUUUUGGCCCUCCUCUCCUUGUCCUCGUCUUCCUGAAAACUCCAUCGAUGGGCCUUGAAGAGGCGAAUGCACAAGUGAGUGGGAGAUGCGCACCCCCGCCUACUCCUGGUCAUCGCCCUCCUCCUCCUCCUCCUCCUCUUCCUGCUUUUGGCCCUCCUCUCCUUGUCCUCGUCUUCCUGAAAACUCCAUCGAUGGGCCUUGAAGAGGCGAAUGCACAAGUGAGUGGGAGAUGCGCACCCCCGCCUACUCCUGGUCAUCGCCCUCCUCCUCCUCCUCCUCCUCUUCCUGCUUUUGGCCCUCCUCUCCUUGUCCUCGUCUUCCUGAAAACUCCAUCGAUGGGCCUUGAAGAGGCGAAUGCACAAGUGAGUGGGAGAUGCGCACCCCCGCCUACUCCUGGUCAUCGCCCUCCUCCUCCUCCUCCUCCUCUUCCUGCUUUUGGCCCUCCUCUCCUUGUCCUCGUCUUCCUGAAAACUCCAUCGAUGGGCCUUGAAGAGGCGAAUGCACAAGUGAGUGGGAGAUGCGCACCCCCGCCUACUCCUGGUCAUCGCCCUCCUCCUCCUCCUCCUCCUCUUCCUGCUUUUGGCCCUCCUCUCCUUGUCCUCGUCUUCCUGAAAACUCCAUCGAUGGGCCUUGAAGAGGCGAAUGCACAAGUGAGUGGGAGAUGCGCACCCCCGCCUACUCCUGGUCAUCGCCCUCCUCCUCCUCCUCCUCCUCUUCCUGCUUUUGGCCCUCCUCUCCUUGUCCUCGUCUUCCUGAAAACUCCAUCGAUGGGCCUUGAAGAGGCGAAUGCACAAGUGAGUGGGAGAUGCGCACCCCCGCCUACUCCUGGUCAUCGCCCUCCUCCUCCUCCUCCUCCUCUUCCUGCUUUUGGCCCUCCUCUCCUUGUCCUCGUCUUCCUGAAAACUCCAUCGAUGGGCCUUGAAGAGGCGAAUGCACAAGUGAGUGGGAGAUGCGCACCCCCGCCUACUCCUGGUCAUCGCCCUCCUCCUCCUCCUCCUCCUCUUCCUGCUUUUGGCCCUCCUCUCCUUGUCCUCGUCUUCCUGAAAACUCCAUCGAUGGGCCUUGAAGAGGCGAAUGCACAAGUGAGUGGGAGAUGCGCACCCCCGCCUACUCCUGGUCAUCGCCCUCCUCCUCCUCCUCCUCCUCUUCCUGCUUUUGGCCCUCCUCUCCUUGUCCUCGUCUUCCUGAAAACUCCAUCGAUGGGCCUUGAAGAGGCGAAUGCACAAGUGAGUGGGAGAUGCGCACCCCCGCCUACUCCUGGUCAUCGCCCUCCUCCUCCUCCUCCUCCUCUUCCUGCUUUUGGCCCUCCUCUCCUUGUCCUCGUCUUCCUGAAAACUCCAUCGAUGGGCCUUGAAGAGGCGAAUGCACAAGUGAGUGGGAGAUGCGCACCCCCGCCUACUCCUGGUCAUCGCCCUCCUCCUCCUCCUCCUCCUCUUCCUGCUUUUGGCCCUCCUCUCCUUGUCCUCGUCUUCCUGAAAACUCCAUCGAUGGGCCUUGAAGAGGCGAAUGCACAAGUGAGUGGGAGAUGCGCACCCCCGCCUACUCCUGGUCAUCGCCCUCCUCCUCCUCCUCCUCCUCUUCCUGCUUUUGGCCCUCCUCUCCUUGUCCUCGUCUUCCUGAAAACUCCAUCGAUGGGCCUUGAAGAGGCGAAUGCACAAGUGAGUGGGAGAUGCGCACCCCCGCCUACUCCUGGUCAUCGCCCUCCUCCUCCUCCUCCUCCUCUUCCUGCUUUUGGCCCUCCUCUCCUUGUCCUCGUCUUCCUGAAAACUCCAUCGAUGGGCCUUGAAGAGGCGAAUGCACAAGUGAGUGGGAGAUGCGCACCCCCGCCUACUCCUGGUCAUCGCCCUCCUCCUCCUCCUCCUCCUCUUCCUGCUUUUGGCCCUCCUCUCCUUGUCCUCGUCUUCCUGAAAACUCCAUCGAUGGGCCUUGAAGAGGCGAAUGCACAAGUGAGUGGGAGAUGCGCACCCCCGCCUACUCCUGGUCAUCGCCCUCCUCCUCCUCCUCCUCCUCUUCCUGCUUUUGGCCCUCCUCUCCUUGUCCUCGUCUUCCUGAAAACUCCAUCGAUGGGCCUUGAAGAGGCGAAUGCACAAGUGAGUGGGAGAUGCGCACCCCCGCCUACUCCUGGUCAUCGCCCUCCUCCUCCUCCUCCUCCUCUUCCUGCUUUUGGCCCUCCUCUCCUUGUCCUCGUCUUCCUGAAAACUCCAUCGAUGGGCCUUGAAGAGGCGAAUGCACAAGUGAGUGGGAGAUGCGCACCCCCGCCUACUCCUGGUCAUCGCCCUCCUCCUCCUCCUCCUCCUCUUCCUGCUUUUGGCCCUCCUCUCCUUGUCCUCGUCUUCCUGAAAACUCCAUCGAUGGGCCUUGAAGAGGCGAAUGCACAAGUGAGUGGGAGAUGCGCACCCCCGCCUACUCCUGGUCAUCGCCCUCCUCCUCCUCCUCCUCCUCUUCCUGCUUUUGGCCCUCCUCUCCUUGUCCUCGUCUUCCUGAAAACUCCAUCGAUGGGCCUUGAAGAGGCGAAUGCACAACUCCCUCUUUGCUCAUCCUUUCCCGGAAUGAUGAUGAGCGUGUUCAUGCGGAUGGUGAAUGUUGAUGACGAUGACGAUGUACGAAUGGUCGUGAUGAUGAUGGUGAUGGAGAUGAUGAUGAUGAUGAUGAUGAUGGUGGAGAUGAUGAUGAUGAUGAUGAUGAUGAUGAAAGUUAUGGUCAUCUGGAUGGUGAUCUUGAUGGUAACGAUGAUGAUGAUGAUGAUGAUGAUGGAGAUGAUGACGAUGACGAUGAUGACGAUGAUGAUGAUGCGAUGACGAUGAUGAUGACAACGAUGACGAUAAUGAUGCAACGACGGCGAUGAUGACGACAACGAUGACGAUGGUGAUGACAACG